AUGGCUCAGUGGAUCCCAAAGACUGCAUGGAAGGUAUCAAACCUCAACAAGCGCUAUGGUCCCUCGUAUAUUACAUCAGGAUAUUCUUCUGAGACUAUCUUUGGUAGAGUGCAGACGUUGCAUGAUUCUCGCAAAUUGCAGCAGAAGUUGUCUUCUCAGAAUGGUCUUGUAAUGAUUGAUGUACGUGAUUCAUCAGAGAGAAGAUUAUACCCUGUACCUGGUGCUGUUGCACUACACCAUCACGAUUUACUCUCUGGAGCUGCAUGCCCAAUUCUUCCACAGCAAAAAGAAGAAUCAGAACUUUUUAUUGUAACAUCCAAUCAGCAACGAGGGGUGAAUAGUUGUAUGGCUCUGCGUCGUUGGGGGUAUGAGAAUGUUUCCGUUAUUGAUUAUGCUUCGUUGGUGGAAGCUGGUUGUGUAUCUGUUGCGGGAAAAGAGAACAUGGAAAAGUGUCAGUCAUGA